CUCUCCUCAAAGCCUGGCUCCCACGGAAAAUAUGCUCAGUGCAGCCGCGUGCAUGAAUGAAAACGCCGCCGGGCGCUUCUAGUCGGGCAAAAUGCAGCCGACAACUCCGCUCUUCCUGUGCGUUCUCCUGUCCCAGGUGCUGCUGCUAACAUCUGCAGAAGAUUUGGACUGCACUCCUGGAUUUCAGCAGAAAGUGUUCCAUAUCGAUCAGCCAGCUGAAUUCAUUGAGGACCAGGCGAUUUUAAACUUGACCUUCAGUGACUGCAAGGGAAAUGACAAGCUGCACUAUGAGGUCUCAAGCCCAUACUUCAAGGUGAACAACAAUGGCAGCUUAGUUGCCCUGAGAAACAUAACUGCGGUGGGCAAGACUCUGUUCGUCCAUGCCCGGACUCCCCAUGCAGAAGACAUGGCAGAACUCGUAAUUGUUGGAGGGAAAGACAUCCAGGGCUCCUUACAGGAUAUAUUUAAAUUUGCAAGAACUUCACCUGUCCCAAGACAAAAGAGGUCCAUUGUGGUAUCUCCCAUUUUAAUUCCAGAGAAUCAGAGACAACCUUUCCCAAGAGAUGUUGGCAAGGUAGUCGAUAGUGACAGACCGGAAGGGUCCAAGUUCCGGCUCACUGGAAAGGGAGUGGAUCAAGAGCCUAAAGGAAUUUUCAGAAUCAAUGAGAACACGGGUAGUGUCUCUGUGACACGGAACCUGGACAGAGAAACCAUCGCGACCUAUCAACUAUUUGUGGAGACCGUAGAUGUCAAUGGCAGGACUCUCGAGGGGCCGGUCCCUCUGGAAGUCAUCGUGAUUGAUCAGAAUGACAACAGACCCAUCUUCAGGGAAGGCCCCUACAUCGGCCACGUCAUGGAGGGGUCACCUACUGGGACCACGGUGAUGCGGAUGACAGCUUUUGACGCCGACGACCCGGCCACGGAUAAUGCCCUCCUGCGGUACAAUAUCCGUCAGCAGACGCCUGACAAGCCGUCUCCCAACAUGUUCUACAUCGAUCCCGAAAAAGGAGACAUUGUCACCGUUGUGUCACCUGCACUGCUGGACCGGGAGACGCUGGAAAACCCCAAGUAUGAACUGAUCAUUGAGGCUCAAGAUAUGGCAGGACUGGAUGUUGGAUUAACAGGCACAGCCACAGCGACAAUCAUGAUUGAUGACAAAAAUGAUCACUCACCAAAGUUCACCAAGAAAGAGUUUCAAGCCACAGUCGAGGAAGGAGCCGUGGGAGUUAUUGUCAACUUGACAGUUGAGGACAAGGACGACCCCACCACGGGCGCGUGGAGGGCCGCCUACACCAUCAUCAAUGGGAACCCGGGGCAGAGCUUUGAGAUCCACACCAACCCGCAGACCAACGAGGGGAUGCUCUCCGUCGUCAAACCUCUGGACUAUGAGAUUUCUGCCUUUCACACCCUGCUGAUCAAAGUGGAAAACGAGGACCCACUGGUGCCCGACGUCUCCUACGGCCCCAGCUCCACGGCCACUGUCCACAUCACUGUCCUGGACGUCAACGAGAGUCCAGUUUUCUACCCGGACCCCAUGAUGGUGACCAAGCAGGAGAACAUCUCCGUGGGCAGCGUGCUGCUGACAGUGAAUGCCACAGACCCCGAUUCCCUGCAGCGUCAGACCAUCAGGUAUUCUGUUUACAAGGAUCCAGCAGGCUGGCUGAAUAUCAACCCCAUCAACGGGACUGUGGACACCACUGCAGUGCUGGACCGCGAGUCCCCAUUCGUCCACAACAGCGUCUAUACUGCCCUGUUCCUGGCAAUUGACAGUGGCAACCCGCCCGCCACUGGCACGGGGACUCUGCUGAUAACCCUGGAAGACGUGAAUGACAACGCGCCCUUCAUUUACCCCACGGUAGCAGAGGUCUGUGAUGAUGCCAAAAACCUCAGCGUAGUCAUUUUGGGAGCAACAGAUAAGGAUCUUCAUCCAAACACAGAUCCUUUCAAAUUUGAAAUCCACAAACAAACUGUUCCUGAUAAAGUCUGGAAGAUCUCCAAGAUCAACAAUACGCACGCCCUGGUGAGCCUCCUUCAAAAUCUGAACAAAGCAAACUACCACCUGCCCAUCAUGGUGACAGAUUCGGGGAAGCCGCCCAUGACGAACAUCACAGACCUCAGGGUACAAGUGUGCUCCUGCAAGAAUUCCAAAGUGGACUGCAACGCAGCAGGGGCCCCGCACUUCAGCGCGGCCGCAGCCCUGCUCCUGCCCCUCUUCAGCUUAGCCCGUCUGUGAGAACUCCUGACAUCUGAAGCUUGAUUCCCAAGUUUCCAUAGCAACAGGAAAAAAAGAAAAAAAAAAUCCAAAUCUGAAGAUUGCCGUUUACAGCUCUCGAACUUCACAACCAGGCCUCAAUUGUUUCAGAUUUUCGUUUUCUUUGCAAUUUUCCCUUAAUCUGUACUUCACCAUUUUGACAGCAUCUUCCUUUUCCCCUUUAAUUAAUGGAAUCCUCUGAAUUUUCCCUUGAGUGUUUUUAACAUCAUGGCAUAGAACUUGACCUUCUGGGAGGAGGAACAAUGAAUACUUUUCCUGAUGUGUUUGCCAUGUUGCUAGUCAGCACUCCACACAUCCAGUUUGGUCUGUGGGUUAGUAUUUGUAUAUGUAUGCGUAUCUGUAUGUGUAUAUACCCAGUAUUUAUAGAGACAGACUACAGAAGCUUGCUCCUCAUAUAUUGCCACCCUUUCCCAAGAGGUUAAGCACAGAAGGGGUAGAAGCUAAAGCAGCCAACCCCUCCAGGGCCUCAGCGUCCAGUUCAGCACUAGGGCAGAGCACAGAGCUGGCGCUUCUCCUCGACCCACCUUCCAGGCAGGUCCGCAGAGGGGGACAGUUUUCACUGCCAUCCUCUGUGAGGAUGAUCCUGAAUGACGGUGAUGAGGAGCAGAGCUGGAUGUUUCACCAUCAAAUGCACGGGCGUCUAUCUCUCUGCAUUUUUAAGUGUCCGGAAACCACAGUCCCAGUGGGUUUUCUGGGGACCUGGCCCAGGAUAGAGAACCUCGCCCUCCUUGGCAUACGUACAACAGCCAGUGUCAUCAUGGAGGUCACACAUGCGUCCGAAGAGGCCAUCAGGUACCAUGUGUAUACAUAUAUCAGCCCACAUGUACAGACAUACAUUUAUGCGCAUACACACCGUUCGUUUCCUAUAUACAUGCAUACAAUAGAGUAAAUACAGGUAGUUUUAAAAGUACCCUUUUGUGUGAAUCGACGGCCGUCGUUUGCAAACCUGAAAAUAAAAGAUGUUCAUUAUGUAUGAGAAGUAACUGAUUUUUAUUCUGUGAGCAUGCGAACAUAAGACGGAGGUUAGUGUUUGUACCAAGGUUAUCUUCUUGUCCAUACACUGUAACGGAACCAUCAAAGCUCACACCAAAUUUUUCUAGCAGAUGAACUAGUGACAGCCUGUGGCUUUUUCUUAGCGCUUGACACGAGCUAGGGUCAGGUAAGUGUCUUAGCAUAUUUUAAUGCCGUUGCUUACUAAAGGUUUUAACCACACUCACGCGCACACGCGGGUGCGCACACGCUUUCUUAUGCAAUCUCUGUUUGCACCUGUGCUUUUCAGUUUGCCUUCACAGGAAAUAGAAGUCAUAUGUUGUCUUUAUUGUAGUGAAAUUAUGCAGAUAGAGUUCCAUAUAUUGUAUUUGUUUCUAUAGUAAAUCUUUUUGAAGCAUAUAGAAUGCAGAGAUUUUUUUUUUCAUUAAAAUAAAUGGGUGUUGGUGGUUAAAA